GGCGGCGGCGCCCGGCGUGGCGCCGGUUCGAGCCCGGUGAGUGCGGGAUCGCGGCCUCGGCGCUGCCCGAGCCCUCUGUAACCCCCUCAGAACGGGCUCCGUCCCUUCAUAACCCUCCCGGUUCCUCACCUCCAAGGAGCAGUUCCACGCCUACCUGCGGGCAGGGGGCGAGGAGGAGGAGGAGGAAAAGGAGGAGAAGGAGGAGAAGGAAGAGGAGCAAGUCAGCAGCGCCCAGAGUGAACCCCCAGCCAAGAGAGUGAAGGCAGAGGAGCUCGGCCAGGAUGGGGAAAGCCAAGGGAAGGCUGAGGAGGAGGAGAAGGAGCGCCCGGAGAAGAAGAGAGCCCGGGGGCAGAACAAGAGCCGCCCGUGCAUGAAACCCAACUGCUACGAGCAGAGCAGGCUGUGCCCCUCGGUGACACAGGGCUGUGGCGGGCAGUGCCACUUUGGGCCGCGCUGUCGAUUCCUCCACGACGUUUCCGAGUACCUGGCGGUGAAACCGGCGGACCUGGGCCAGCGCUGCGUCCUCUUCGACACCUUCGGCCGCUGUCCCUACGGUGUCACCUGUCGCUUCGGCCAGGCCCACCUCGGGGACGGCCACCAGAACCUGGUCAAUGCCACCCUGGCCCAGCAGUGGGAAGGGAAGCUGCUGGUGAGGAACGGCCUCUCCAAGGAGCUCCAGCAGCAGCUGCGCAAGAGGAAAUUCACCUUCCGGAAGGCCGAGGAGUUCCUCCGUGGGCUCCACGGUGGGAAGGGAGGCAAAGCCACAGGGGGCUCCACAGAGGUGUCCAACUGCACUGCACCCCAGCAGGGCCUGGGAGACAGCCCUGUGCUGCAGGAGCAGGGAGAAGAUCCCAAACCAGGAGACCUGGAGGGCUCCCGAGGGGCUGAGGGUGCUCCUGAACCAGAGACCCUGGAGGGCUCCCGAGGGGCUGAGGGUGCUCCUGAACCAGAGGCCCUGCAGGGCUCCCGAGGGGCUGAGGGUGCUCCUGAACCAGAGGCCCUGCAGGGCUCCCAAGGAACUGAGGGUGCUCCCUCCAUCCCAACCCUGGGCCCUCUGACAGAUGAGGACAUCACGAAGCUGCGGCCGUGUGAGAAGAAGAAGCUGGAAAUCCAAGGCAAGCUCUACCUGGCUCCACUGACCACGUGUGGAAACCUCCCUUUCCGACGGAUCUGCAAACGUUUUGGAGCCGAUGUCACCUGUGGGGAGAUGGCUGUGUGCACCAACCUGCUCCAGGGCCAGUCCUCCGAGUGGGCUCUGCUCAAGCGCCACCACACCGAGGACAUCUUCGGGGUGCAGCUGGAGGGAGCCUUUCCAGACACCAUGACCAAGUGUGCAGAGCUCCUGAACAGGACGAUCGAUGUGGAUUUUGUUGACAUCAAUGUCGGGUGUCCCAUUGACCUGGUCUACAAGAAGGGAGGAGGCUGUGCUCUGAUGACUCGCUCCAACAAGUUCGAGCAGAUCGUCCGCGGGAUGAACUCGGUGCUGGAUGUGCCACUGACAGUGAAGAUCAGGACUGGGGUGCAGGAAAAGGUUAAUGUGGCUCACAAAAUCAUCCCCAGGAUCCGGGAGUGGGGAGCCUCCAUGGUCACGCUGCACGGGCGAUCCCGGGAGCAGAGGUACACCCGCAGCGCAGACUGGGAAUACAUCGCCGAGUGCGCCCGCAUCGCCAGCCCCAUGCCUCUCUUCGGAAAUGGGGAUAUUUUGUCCUACGAAGAUGCAAAUCGAGCCAUGCAGAUGGGAGUUUCUGGAAUCAUGAUUGCAAGAGGGGCACUCAUCAAACCCUGGCUUUUCACGGAAAUCAAGGAGCAGAGACAUUGGGAUAUCUCCUCCAGCGAGAGAUUUGACAUCCUCAAGGACUUCACCAACUACGGCCUCGAGCACUGGGGGUCAGACACUCAGGGAGUGGAGAAAACCAGGAAAUUCCUGCUGGAAUGGCUCUCCUUCCUCUGCAGGUACAUUCCAGUUGGAUUAUUGGAACAUCUACCUCAAAGAAUCAACGAGCGACCGCCCUAUUACCUGGGGAGGGACUACCUGGAGACCCUCAUGGCCAGCCAAAAUGUGGAUGAUUGGAUCAAGAUUAGUGAGCUGCUCCUGGGCCCUGUCCCGCCCAGCUUCACCUUCCUGCCGAAACACAAGGCCAAUUCCUACAGGUAGGGCUGGCCAGGCCCUGUCCUGCGGCGUCAGGAGGGGCCGUGAGCGGGAGCAGAGCUCCUCGGCUG